AUGGCCAAAUCUGUGCAAGGAACGACAUCAUGCAUCAGCGCACCGCGAUGUACAAUCUGCAAUAAGACUCAUCGGCGGAGCGAAAAAAUUGCGCAGAGUAUGCUGCCCUACAAGAGCAGAUCUUCUACUCAUCGACGCUUGAGGAAUACGGCGAGCUCAAAUAUCACACCGUCUGGGCUGGGCUUCAGGAACAAGCUGAAGCUAGGACGUCUACUCGUUCUUGAAUUUCAAUUAUACAUUCAUGUUGGUGAAUAUGCAGAAAAUACUUUAGGUAUCGCGUUUUUUUACAAAAACUAUCGAUUGGCCAAGGUGAGACGGUCCAUACAGCUCGAUAAGCGCGAUGUGGGCGGCAAAUACACCACAAAUUCAUCACAGCAUGGGCGAUCAUUUACGUGA